UUUUUUAACUGAGAGAAUGAAUUCAUAUUUAAUCAAAUUUAUGACUUUGUACUUUAUUUUAUCAAAUGAAUUGGGUUCUUCGAUUAUCACUUUGGACAAAAAUAAGGAAGCUUUGGACAAAAGCAAUGAAGAAGUUUAUAAAUUUGUUACAGAAUCGGAUAGUUAUGAAUUAGAUGGUUAUAAUGAAUGUCUAAUUUGUUUUGAAAAACUUGUCAAAGAUAUUACUGAACAUAAAUGUGGUAACAAAUAUCAUACAGAAUGUCUUAAUCUUUGGGAGAAAAAAAGCACAAAACAUGAUUGUCCUGUUUGUAGAGAAAUAUUACAUCCUAAUGAAAUAAGUGAGUAUUAAUAUAGAAUUUAAAUCAAUAAAAUUUGCUUAGUGGACGCCACAAAUAUCUGAUGGUUUUGUUUCUGUAGAUUCUGAAUUUUUAAAUUAGUUGUAUCAAUAUUAUUUCCAAAAGAAAAAUUUAUAUCAGCAGUUUGGAAAACACCCAUUGUUUUUAUAAACAAAAUUAUUUUCUUAAUUUUCUAGAGAAAACAUUACACAAGAUGCAUAUUGGAUUUUAUA